AAUUCAUCUAGUUUAAUUGUCGAAAUUGGUGGAAAUGUUGGACAGGACAGUGCUCAAUAUCUUCAUCUUUAUAAUUCUUCUUUAAUUAUUUAUGAACCUUUAAUAUCAAUGUAUAAAAUAUUGAAAGGAAAAUUUGGAAAUCAAUCGAGAACUGAAAUUUAUCCAUAUGGAUUAGGUUCAUCGAAGCGCCAAUUAAAAAUUAGAACAUCUGGUACAAAUAAUGAGGCAACCAGCAUGUUUACCAAAGAAAAAGAUUCUGAUAAAAGUGUUGAUGAAACGAUGACAACGAUAUAUAUUCAUAGUAUUAUUGAUGUUUUACAAGAAAUUUUGAUUCGAUUUGAAAAAAUUGAUUUAUUGACAAUGAAUUGUGAAGGAUGUGAAUUUGAAAUUUUACCAAUAUUAAUUGAAGAUACUGCUCUACUGACUAAAAUCAAUAAUAUUCAGUUUGCCACACAUAUAGAUACAAUUGAAAAUGGUAUAUGUAUCUAUUGUAAAUUACAGCAAGACUUACAGAGAAAGCAUGAAAUUUUCUAUCAAUAUAAAGUUUUAUGGGAAAGUUGGACGAAAAAGAAGAACGAGUGA